AUGACUGAUAAUAUGAUAUUGAGAGGUCUACCAGGAUUAUAUGAUAAAUAACUGAAUGAUGUCUUAUAUCUCCAUGUUUCUGGUUGGUUACCAUAUAACUACAUAUGA